AUGCAAUUGUUUGCCGUGAUGUUGGCCUUUUAUUUGUGGUAUUCGACAGUGAUGCAUGAUGUGAGAAUUGAAGAAAAGUGUUUUCGGUAUGCGUCGUGUGGGAUUUGGGUAAUCAAUGCGAUAAUGCAGGUGGCGAGUUGGGUAAGUGCACGCCGAGAAAAGAAUUGGGGAGCGGAGCCGAAUCAGUUGUAUUGUAAAGGGUCGAACGACUGGUUGGCUUUUAUGAUACCGUCAAUUAUUGUUUCGGCUAUUGCUACUUUUUUUGCUUGCCAUUCUAGUGUAUUGACUUUCAGGCGUUGGCGACUAUUCAGACAAAAACAAACUAGAGGCACAGCCAUAAAGCUGGGAUUAGCUGUGCGUCUAUGCGUUUACAGUUUAUUUUAUGCCAUGAUAUCAUUGGCUUCAUACAUUCCACGUAUAAUUCAGAAUAUUCCUGAUUCGGAGGAUUUGACACUUUCAGAGUUUUCUGGGAGCGCAUCGGGAAUCUUUUUAUUUCUAACGUUUGGAACAACAAAAUCUGCUGCAGUCUUCUUACCAUGUUGCUACUAUGCACCACCAGAGUCACAACUUCUGAGCAACGCUAUGUCAAUAUCAAAUUCUUUUGCUUCUACUACUCAUGAGCCGGAUCAUGCUAUUCAAAAAGUGGAUUCGAAUGAUUUGAACUAUUUCGUAGAUGAUGCAGAUGAUGGCGACAAUGAUGCUAAGGGUGAUGGAGAUGACGAAGUGGGUGGCGAAGAAGGUAAUGAGAAUGUUUCAUAA